UGAGAAUCCAAAGUAACAUUUGACUGAGAAUCAAACGUUUGAUUUUUCCUCGUGUUUAUCUCUUGAACUGAACAAUUCUAAUCAACGAUAAUCAUCAUCGUAGUUUAUUAAACCGAAACAAAGUCGAUAAUUAAAUUUUCAACAAUAAACUUUUCAUCGUCAUCACAAUUAUUUGAUUAAGAAAAUGUUCCAAAUCUUUGUGAUCAUCUGAAUGAAAUUUUCAUUUGAUCAGUUGAUUUGACAUUCAACUUGUUGCCCAAUUUAAUCCUAUUUAUAAUCUUGUUUUUAUUUGUCAAUUGUUAUCAUGAAUUUCAUGAUAUAUUCGGGUUGAAAUAACUCCUAGUGUUGGUCAGUUUUCAUCGAUUGGUCAUCUUUGCGUUUUUUUUUCAAUUUUUAUUUGUUCAUUUUUAACUGGACAGUGUUUCACUUAACUGAAUCAACCUGAGGUCCUUGCAGGAAACAAGUAGUAGGCCGUUGUUUUCAACAGGCCGAAACUGGAUUAAAACUUUACACCGAGACAUGGGUGAGUUUGAGUCCGGCUUUAGUGAUAUGAACCACCACCAUGGUCAUCAGGGUGGGUCAACAAAUAAACAGCAUUCAACUGAUCAGUUAACAUCUCCAUCAUCGGGAGCGACCACAGGCUCUGGAGGUGGUUGGAGGCGGAAAAAAGGAGCUGGUGUGAGAGGUGGCAGAUGCACUGGACAACGAAGUGGACAUCAUGUUGGAGGUGGAGAGGGUUUGAUUAAGAGACACAGUUACUCCCUUGAAGAUGGACCUCAUACUGAUGAGGAUGAAACAGUUGACGAUGAGUUUAUUAAUCAUGAAGUUGAUGAUGAAGAUGAUGAUGAUGGUGAAGAUGAGGAUGAGGAUGAAGAUGAAGAUGAUGAUACAGAUCAUGAUGGAAAUCAUAAUCAUCGACACUCAAAUCAUCACAAUAAUCAUCAUCGUUACUCUUAUGGUAAAACUUUUUCAACUCUUUAUGAUAGACUCUGGAGUCUAUUAAGAUCAGCAUUUAAAAAAGAACAUAAACUUGAUCAGAUGGAACUUUUCAACGAAGCUUGUGCCGCUCGAUUGGCUGCGAAUUAUUCGGCUAAUAAAAGUCGCCGCCGUCGAGAACUUGAGAUUCUUUGUAAGAAGACAAAGUUCACCCGUAACGAGCUUAAACUCCUCUACUGGGGCUGGAAGUGUGCCUGUCCGAACGGAAUACUGACUGAGUCCACAUUCAAAGAGAUUUAUGCUCAAUUCUUUCCGCAAGCGGGUGAUUCCUCCCUGUACGCACAUUACGUUUACUCGGCCAUGUUUAACGAUAAGGUUCGAACCGCUAACGGUGAAGUAACCUUUUCCGAUUAUGCUUCGGCUCUGUCCACCCUUUCCCGGGGGUCAACCUCCGAUAAACUUGAAUGGAUCUUCAAACUUUACGAUAUCAACAGCGAUGGUGCACUUACAUGCGAUGAGAUCGUUGAAAUUUCCCGUGCCAUUUACGCUCUACUCGGUUAUUAUGUGUCACCCGGACAUGAUUCCAAAACAUGUGAAGAUCAUGGCUAUCGAGUGUUCCAAAAACUUGAUAUUCAGAGUAAAGGUUACAUAACAUUUGAUGAGUUUCUCCAAGUCUGUUCAAAGGAUGAAACUAUUAUCAGUUCAAUGCAACUUUUGGAUACAAUUGGAUUGGAUUAAACUCAUUCGAGAGUUAAUUGUUUGUUAAUUGUUUAAGAGCAAUUAACAAUCUAUCAUGUAAACUGGUAAAUUCAACAAUUAAACUGUCCUCCUCAACUUAUUGCCAUUUAAAAAAAAAAUUAACUAGAUGUUCAAUGUUAUCUGGUCAUAUAUUAAUAUCAAGAAAAUUGAUUUAAUUGUAAUGAAAAAAAAUUUUACUCAUCGAUCAUCAAAUUGUUGUACAAUCAAAAUUGAAAAUUUAAUUUAUUAAUAGUAUUGGAAUAUUAUAAAUAUUAAUUAGUUAGAUUAAUAAAAAAUCACUCUUGUGUCAAGUCCGAAUGUACAAUUGAUAAUAUGAAACGCCAAUUAAACAUGAAACAUUUUCUAACUAAUUGUCAA